AGCGAAAGUAAAAUGGCAGCAGAAGAUGGUGUCCAAGUGGAGCUCUAUAUAUAUGACCUUACAAAUGGAUUUGCCUCCAUAUUAUCACCAGCUAUACUUGGACGGCAGGUGGAGGGCGUGUGGCACACGUCAGUGGUGGUGUACGAGCGCGAGUUCUUCUAUGGCGGAGGCGGCGUCACUAGCUGUUCUCCGGGCGGCACGCAGCUGGGGCCCCCGCACCAGGUGGAGCAUCUCGGGACCACCUUCGUGCCCUUCCAGGUCUUCGUAGACUACAUGCAGGGUCUCGCCACCACCACAUACACGCCGGCCGCGUACCGGCUGCUGGAGCACAACUGCAACCACUUCAGUGAGGAGGUGGCGCAAUUCCUGUGCGGCGCGCACGUGCCCAAGCACAUAGUGCAGCAGCCGGACACGCUCCUCACGGCGCCGCAGCGGCACGCGCUGCAGGCGCUGCUCGACAACCUCGUGCCGCACUCCACGCAGGCGGUGUACGCGGAGGGCGUGCGUCACAGUCGACAGGAGAGCCCCGAGUUUCGCAUCCUGAACACGCAGAUCGAGGAGGCCAGGGUGACGUCCCAGCAGCUGCAGGAGCGGCGGAGCACGCUCGCGGACAAGCUCGCGCGCAAGCAGCGCCGCCGCGAGCGGAAGCGGCAGAAGAUGCUGUGCGCCAACGCCCCCGCCGCGGAUAUACAGCUAGACGAGAUGGCGGAAGCAGUGGAAGCCCUGCCGCGUGAGGAGGAGGUGUCCCGCGCGGGCCCCUCCACCGCGUCCGCGGACACGCUGGACCUGGACGAGCCGCGGGCCAAGCCUCGUGACCCACCCAUCGUGUUCAGAGAUAUUGAUGGUGCUCAAGAGUACGAAAAUUUGGCGAAGACUUUAGAAGGAGUCGAGCUGUCCGAGGAGGAGAGGCAGAGCCUGGACGAGCUGCAGCAGUACCUGGUGGCCGGCGAGGGCAGCUGGGUGCUCGGGGACGAGUUCCUAGGCUUCAUCGGUCGGUUGCUGAACGAGCCCAGUAUGAGUGAACAGGUGCGCGUGAGUGCGCUGCGCUGCCUCGCGGCGUGCGCGCUGCGGGAGGACGUGUCGCUGCUGCUGCACCAGGACCGCCGCCACCACGCGCUGCUCUCCUACGCGCACCGCAUCGACACGCGCCCGCUGCCCGAGCAGCAGGCCAUCGCGCUCGUGAUAUGCAAUUUGUUCGAAAACGUGUCGUCGUCGGAGUGGUUAUUGUACAUCAGCGAGUGGGAGGCGAACGGACAGACGCUCUCCAACAUACGUGUCACCACUAAGGUGUGCGUGCACGCGUGCCUGGCGGAGGACGCGCGGCUGCGGGAGACGGGCACCGCGCUCAUGUACAACGUCGCCACCAAGGAGCGGUUGUCGGCGGCGCGCGCGCUGCGGCCGCGGCUGCCGAGUACCGCCAAGUGCAAGGUGUUCGACGAGGUGUGCGUGGAGCUGACGAUGGCGCUGCUGCAGCUGCUGCAGGAGUCGCCCGGGGAGGAGCACGUGUUCCGCGCGUGCAGCGCCCUCGCGCGCCUCGCCGCGCACUCGCACGACGUGCCCGCCCUCGUGGCCAUGGUGGGGCCCGAGCCGUCCCUCUACAGGGGUAUGAGCCCGCGAGUCGACGAGCAGAUAGACCUCAUCAUGAAGCGAGUCAAGUAGCGCCCCGCGAUGACGUCACAUCACACACACACACACACAUACACCCCGUCACUUAAAUGACACACACAAGUCACUUCCGACUAAUGUAAGCUAAUAUACACACGCCUUAAAACUUUUCUUUUAGAUUUUUCCUUGUCACCGCACUAUCACACUGUUAUGUUGAAUGUACAAAUAUAAUUAUAUCUUGAUUUUGAUAAAUCUUUGUAUUUGAUGAAAGUAAAUAAAGAUUAUAUUUCGUUUAGAUUCCACGACUCUUGCACGUUAGUGAAUGUAAACAUAAUAUGUAUUAAAAAUACUCGAGACAAUUAAAUUCGAUAGCUGUAGAUCAUAAUGAGGGUGUGACUGUCCGUCUAUAUCUUCGACGACCUCUACAUUCAAUUAACGAACCGCGAAGAUAAGCUUCCACGACACAAUUAAUAGCAUUGUUUUUGUAUUACUUUUAUUUUUACAUACAGAUAAUUUACUCUAUUUAUAAUUAUGCUAUUUUAUCCAACGUUGACAUUGUAUAAUUAGAAUAAUCUUAAACCUUUCCAGAUGAAAUUUUUGUUCUGAUGAGUAUAAAUAAAUAAUACACUAUUGUAUAGUGGACCUGGGCGGGGCGGGGAGGGGAUAGGGUGGGAGGUGGGGUAUGUAUACUCGUGUACAUAGAGAAUUAGUUAUUAUAAUUUAUUGGUGUAAGUUGUGAGAUUUAGUAUAAGUACCUGAGCUUAGCUAAAGCAUUAGAGCUUGUCCGUACAGUUGUAUAAUAAUAAUGUUAUAUUUAUUUAUGAUAUUUAUGUACUCGUUGAACUGUAUUAUAUUGUUAUGUAUUUUAAAUUAUUACACGGUCAGUUGCUAGCACUAACGCGUAUGGUGACUGUGGUGCAUUUACAUUAUGUUUUAUGUAUUAUUAAAAAGUGGAUGAAUGUUAUUCAAUAAAGUUAUGAC